AGAAAAGUGAGCUGUUGCUUGAUACGCGAGAACACAACAGUCCCGACAGGAGCGUCCCGGCCUUCAGAGCUGUGGAGAGGAGUGCGAGACAGUGGACAGGAGAGCGGAGAGAGACAGCGAGCAGAGGGAAGAUAGAAGAAAGAAGAAAGAAGAGAGCAGAGAAAAGGGAGGAAAGAGAACUUGGAAAAGAAACAAUAGAAGAAAGAGCAGAGAACAAAUGAAAGAGAAGAAAGAAAACUGAAAAAAGUGAACAGAGUAAAAAGAGACAAGGGUUGUAGGCUGUGAUUUGUUGUGCGAGGAGUGAUCGCAAAAGUGUGGUAUACGCUUGCUAAGGAUCCAGCAGAACUCCUAAGCCGAGGAAAGCUGCCGUUGGCAUGGAUAAGAGCUCAAUAGGUCGCUAGAGCGCGGAUGAUUUUUUUGUUUUUGUUAGUGUAGUGCUGCACACAGCCAGGAAGCCAUGUCAAACAGUUCCCAUCUCAAGAAGGAUUGGACGAUAUCUGCUAUAAUUUUCACAUUUCUGGUCGGCCAUAGCGUUAUAGUAAACCACGAUGGGUGGCCGCCGCGUGCCACGGACCCCGCCCUGGUGGCGGAGGUCGCCUCUCGGAUCCGCCCACCCAGCUGGCUGCCCUACAACCUCACAGAGAAGGCCCUGCCGAACUACGGCCAGGCCGGCCAGGUGCAGCUCAUACUGGCACUCACCAGAAACAAGACGGGCGGCUUUUUCAUCGAGACGGGCGCGUACGACGGCGAACAGAUGUCCAACACCCUGCUGCUGGAGCGCUCUCUGGGCUGGCGGGGGCUGCUGAUCGAGCCUUCCCGAACGCUGUUCCCCCGGCUGAUGACCAAGCACCGCCGCUCGUGGGCCCUGCACGCCUGCUGCAGUCAGACGGGAGCUCCGUUCCAGGCGAUUUUCCGCGACCAGGUAGACAGCGGAUUCAGUUCGGUCGAGGACGGCCUCUCGGCUCAGAAGCAGUCUGACCACAUCAUCCACAUGAAGAAGGGCUCCCGGGAGGAGUUGCUGAAGUACCCGGUGGACUGCUACCCGCUCUACACGAUAUUGCUGGCCAUGAAUCGGACCACAGUGGAUUUCUUCAGCCUGGAUGUGGAAGGGGUGGAGAUGGGAGUCCUGGCGUACCUGCCCUGGCAUCUACUCGAUAUUAAGAUCGUUCUGGCGGAGAGCUACAUGGGCGGGAUGUGGAACCCGCAGGCUGACCAGAUGCGCUGGUUCAUGGCGCAGCAGGGCUACAUGGCCUUCCGCGUCAUGCACGACUGGUUGUUCGUCAAGAAAGACAGCGAGUUCGCCGCUGAUGCGCCGGAGAUCGUCAGAAAUACGAGAGAGAAGAUGGUGGCCGGCGGGAGGCUGCCGGGCGCUAUUGAAGAUUUUUAUAACGGGUUUAAUGAUUUACGAGUUCGCCGCUGA